AGCGCGGGGUGGUUGGUUGGUCUGCUGCUGCGGUGCUGCUGUGCUUCCGUGGCUUGCAGCUGAUUUGCGAAGGAAGGUCAUCUUCUUGCAUGUCUUGUCUUGUCUGGUCCUGCAUGUCUAGCGCGUGCUCUUUUUCGUCGAUUGUGUACAUGGUAUUUUCGAACAAUCCCUAGGAAAUACGACCUUCCUUAAAUAAUCAUUCGUUGCGCCUACGCGGAUAAUGCGGUUUCUACCUUAGAUACUUUAGAUUGCCGAGAGUGGAAUAUCUAGAAUUUACUCUGAGCAUUGCGGUAUACACUUUUUAUCAUUUUGAGGCAUUCACACCGCUAUGGACUAAGCUAUCAACCCCACCAUCGGUAAGGGGUUCUGGUUCUGGUUCUGGGCCUGUGCAGUCUUAGAUUUCGACGAAUUUGGAGUUUGCAAGGUGCCUAAAAGCAUCCCGAGUUGUUACGUAGGACUUAUCACAUCUACAACAAACACUGACAUUCCUCCACCAACUCCGGACCGCUCGGUGCUUGGACCUCCAGGCACGGCCACUCUCACGAUGGCGCUUUCGGGAAUCGUACUGGGCCUGCUAGCAGCGGCGUUUGGCAGCACAGCAGCAGGAGGGCUCGCGAGAGACGAUCCCGUGGUGACGGUGAAGAACGGCAGUUACGAGGGCUUAUACCUUGCGGGAUUUGAGCAGGACGCCUUUCUUGGUGUACCGUAUGCCCAAGAUACCGGUGGACAGAAUCGGUUCCGCGUUCCGCAGUCCUUGAACGAGACGUGGAGCGGGACGCGGAGCGCGAAGGCUUAUGGCAACGCGUGCCCGGACUAUUAUCUAUCGGCCGAAGAACUGCAUGGCAUGAGCGAGAAUUGCCUUAGCAUCAAUAUCGUGCGACCGGCUGGAGUCCAUAACAGCGGCAGUAGUAACGAUAGCGCGCAGCGUCUCCCGGUGUUGCUAUGGAUCCACGGGGGUGCUUACCAAUACGGCGGUAGCGGACAGGCCGUGUAUAACCUCACGUACCUUGUACAGAAGUCCGUCGAAAUCGGCUCGCCCAUUAUUGGAGCUAGCAUCAACUAUAGAAAAGGUGGUUGGGGUAACAUGUACUCCGUGGAAAUCCAGGGAUCUGGAAACACCAAUCUAGCGCUGCGAGAUAUGCGCCAAGCGCUAGCCUGGGUACAAGAGAACAUCGAAGCUUUCGGAGGGGAUGCUUCAUCAGUGACGAUCUGGGGCCAAUCUGCCGGAUCAUUCGCCGUGGGUCAACUUUUGUUGAGUUACGGCGGACGAACGGACGGCCUCUUCCAUCGGUCUAUCCAGGAGAGCGGAAGUGCAACGACGGCCUGGUAUAAUGGGUCAGACUGGUACCAGCCUAUCUACGACAACAUCGUCAAACAGGCCAAGUGUGACUCGGUCCCAGAUUCGCUUGAGUGUUUGCGUACCCUCGACUACGAGACCAUAUACCCGCUCCUAAACUCGUCCAAUGUCGGAGGCCCAGGCUUUUACCCUACGGUCGAUGGUGAUGUGAUUCCGAAUUACCCAUCAGAGCUCCUGAGCACCGGUCGAUUCGCGCACGUCCCGCAUAUCUACGGGACGGUGUCAGACGACGGCACCGACAACGCCCCCUUCGGCAUCAACACCGAUGAAGAUUUGCGGAACUACCUGCUCCACCGCACAGGCUUCAAGUUCCCCGAAGCAGUUGUCGAUCAUAUCCUGGAGCUGUACCCAGACGACCCAACGCAGGGAGUGCCCAUCAACACAGGAUCGGAACGCUUCGCGGACAACGGAUGGCAGUACAAGCGGGUCGCAGCCAUCGUCGGCGACGUCUUCUACCACGGGCCGCGCCGCUUCGACGCGCAGAACUACGCGCCGCUUUCGCCGACGUACGUGUACCGAUUCAACACGCGGCCGUGGCAGAGCACGCUGGAAAACACGACGGCGCACGGCAACCCGUUCGACGGGGACGGGGGUCUGACGCCCGCCUACAAGGGCGUGGAGCACUUCAGCGAGGUGCCCUUCGUCUUCGCCAACCCGGCGAUGGUGGGCCCGUUGCCGGAGUACCACGAGCUGAGCGACCAGGUGAGCAGCCAGUGGAUACGGUUCGCGAGCACCGGUGAUCCGAACGGCCCGGGGCUGCCGCACUGGCCGCGGUACGACGAGUGCGAGGACGGGUAUAAUCUGGUUGUGCAGACGGAAGCGCAGGGUGGGACGUAUGUGGAGGAGGAUACAUACCGUCUGGCUGGACGCGAGUAUCUAACGCAGUGGGCGAGAAGGAGACACGUAUAAAGAGGUAGUAGGUACAUACCUACCUAACCUAUGGAAUCUCGUCUCUUAGAAUUCUUCCCAAGGAAGGCUUGGUUGUAGUACAUAACGUUUCUUACCUAUUUAAUGCUAGGGAUAGGGAUAGACUAUUUUCGUGAUUAGGAUGAAAGCCCCUAUUCAUUAAUACAAAGUUCGACUACCGAUUUUAGGUACUUUUAGUAUCUGCUAUUAGUAGUAGCUUCAUGCUGUUUGUUAGUUUGGGAUUCUAUCCGAUACCUGGCAUGAAAAUGAGAGAAGUCAUCUAACAAUAGUGAAGCCCUCAUGCGGUGCAACAUAAUCUACCAAUGCAAACCCGGUGUAUGUCAGAACCGUAAGCUGAGUUGCAAGUUGCUUGCUUACUAUAGGCUUAAAAUUGACCUGUAACAUCUUCGUAGUUGUGUUUCAUAGUUGUGCAAAUAGGCAGCACAGGCGGUCAACCGUUCAACUCCAAGGCAUCAACCACGGUUGAUGGACAGUAAAGUUU